AUGUUACUCCGUCGUGUAUACACUCGUUCCCUCAACAGUCGCGCUUUUCAUGAUUUGAGAACAUAUCAGGAUGAUCCACGGUGGCCGGGAUGGCAAGUAAUUAUUGGAAUAGAAACACAUGCGCAGAUAAAGUCCCGUCGAAAGCUUUUCUCAGACACAUUCACUCCGGAGGGUGAUGAGCUUCCAAACACCAAAGUAUCACCAUUCGAUGCAGCAUUUCCUGGAACUCUUCCUAAAGUCAAUCCAAAAUGUGUCGACUUGGCCAUUCGUACCGCGCUGGCUUUGAGAAGCAAAAUAUCUAUGCGCUCAUCCUUCGACAGAAAGCAUUACUUCUACUCAGACCAGCCAUUGGGUUAUCAAAUCACUCAACAAUACUCUCCAAUUGCAACGCAUGGGGUAUUGGAACUAGAAAUGCCCAGAGCAGCACCAAUCAAAGUUCGCAUCAAGCAGAUUCAAUUGGAACAAGACACUGCAAAAUCGACGUUUAAUCCGCGUUUGCAGAAAUCAUAUAUCGAUCUCAAUAGAGCUGGUGCAGGCCUCAUGGAGAUUGUCUCAGAACCCGACCUACGUUCUCCAGAAGAAGCUGGUGCUUAUGUUCGCACCUUGCAAUCUGUUCUUCGCGCUGUGGGAUCAAGCGACGGAAAUAUGGAACAAGGAUCACUUCGUUGCGAUGUUAAUGUCUCAGUGAAUAGGAAAGGCGAAGUUCCUGGGACCCGUUGCGAGAUUAAAAAUUUGAAUAGUGUGAAAUACAUGAUGGCAGCUAUUGUUCACGAAAUUAAACGACAAACCCAAUUUCUUGACACCAACCCCGGAGCUACUGUCCCACAGGAAACUCGUGGUUUCAACGAAAAUACAUUCGAAACAUACCGGCUUCGAUCCAAAGAGGAUGCUCCAGACUAUAGAUACAUGCCGGAUCCGAAUUUGGGCGUCCUAGUACUGAGUCAGGCCCGGAUUGACGAUAUAAAAACAAAUUUGCCGUCCCUGCCUUGGGAUAUUCGCUCGCGGCUAGUAUCUAAAUAUCCGUCACUAAAUGCAAAGGAAAAGAGCCUGAAUGUGCUUAUUAAUGUCAACAGUGGCAAAGAAAUCGGAUUCGAUGGUGAAAAUAGCGGCGGUGCGGUUGAAUACUUCGAGGAGUUGUGUCAGACGCCUGUUACAGGCGGAAGCAGACCAACCGUGCGAGAUCCUGUGGUGUUAUUGAAUUGGCUGACACACGAACUACUUGGACAAUUAGCUUCACGAAAGGAAACAUUUAGCGAUAACCCGCUUUCAGCCAGUCAAUUCGGGGAACUUGUUGACUUAGUCCAGGAUGGUACUAUCACUGGUACUUCCGGAAAGCACCUUUUACGCCACAUGCUUGCCAACCCGUCCUCUCGCCGUCCCAGAGAAAUUGCCACAGAACUCCAACUAGUUGCCUUAACCUCAACUUCUAGUUCACAGUCUACAACCUCGUCUGACUCUUCGGUCAUUUCUGAACUCGAAGAUUUGUGUCGCUCAGCUGUAUCCAAUUUACCGUGCGAAGUGGCUGCUCUUCGGGCUGGAAAUAAAAAUGUGCUGAAUAAAAUUGUUGGGUAUGUAAUGAAGAAAAGCAGGGGUCGGGCAGAUGCUACCGCAACUCGGGAAUUGGUGGAGAAAAUGGUUAUGCAGGAUGGCUGCAAAUUAACUUGUGACCCUGUACAAAUGUGCAUCAUCGAGUACGUUACAGGUCUGGGCCAUCUCAGAGACCCGUGCGUACCCAUCGGUGCCGUGAACGAACAACGCAAGAAAGGAUUACCACCGCCGCUACCUAGCCAAACUCGGUUAGCUAACACUGUGAUGCUUGCUGGUGCAGGAACCCACAUCAGGAAUUUCCACUAG